CCGAUAGCGAGGACGAGAGAGUGCCACUCGAUUCAUCGCGCUAGUCGGAGACACUUCAGAGUUCUCUUCGAAGAUAUUGGAAGGAUACGCAGUCAUGGCGUGGUUGCUGGCACUCGUGAUUACGGGAUUCCUGUGUGCUGCAGCAGCGGCAGAUGACCCGUGGGAUGAUCCCACGCUACCGCCACCAGUAGUUGUAUCAGUCAUAUGGAUUCCCAUCGUCGGAGGCAUCGGUGGCCUCCUCCUCACCAUAUGUUUGUGCGUGUGUAUCCUGCGCGUGUGUUGCGGCUGCUGCCAGAGAGAUACGACAGUCGUCAACACCACCUAUAUUGAACGACCACCAGCGCCUGCUGCAGCUGCUUCUUCAACAUCCACCAUCGUAGUCGCCACACCAUAUCCCCAGCAGCCCUAUCCACAGGUCAUGCAGCAGCCCCUCCUGCAGGGUGUGCAGCAACCGGAUCCCGGGUACACAAACUACACGUACAAUCCGGGGCCUCAGCAGUAUCCACCCGGAAUGAUGCAGCCUUCGAUGCAGCCCCAACAGGCUCCGAUGCAACAGGUCAUGGAACACGGUGCACCACCACCACCGUACUACACAAAGUGAGCCAAGAUUUUCGGACAGGACACAAUGACUGAUGGACUCUAUUUGUCGGCCCUUGUUUGCAGGCGCAUGCAGGACAUGCGCAAGUUCAGCGUGAAUAAAACAUUUUCAGCAAAAUA